CCAUAACUCAAAGUCCUAAACAUCAAUUAAUCUUUCAGGUGAGGUGACCAAGAAAGGUGCCAAUGGCUUCUUUACUUGUCAAGAUUUUUUCUAUCUUCUUCAUCAUCAUCUGCAUCUUCACACCACAAGCACUUUCAGUAGUACCAGAGGAAUGUAAAACCGAAACCGAUGGCUGCACCAACAAGGAAAAGGCCUUACCCCUUAAGAUCAUAGCCAUUUUCUCCAUAUUGAUCGCUAGUAUUAUCGGUGUAUGUUCGCCUUUAUUCACACGUUCGGUCCCAGCCCUUAAUCCCGAAAGAAGUUUAUUUGUGAUCGUCAAGUGCUUCGCAUCAGGGAUUAUUCUGGCUACUGGUUUCAUGCACGUUUUACCGGACUCUUUUGACAUGUUAACAUCUAAGUGCUUGAAAGAGAAUCCAUGGCACAAGUUUCCCUUCACAGGGUUCGUCGCCAUGUUAUCCGCAAUCGUGACUUUAAUAGUGGAUUCCGUGGCUACAUCGAUAUACAGCAAGAAAAGCAACAAUGAGGUUAUCCCAGAAGUUGCAUCACCUGCUGGGGGUACACAACAGGACAUGGCUGUGGUGAAUGUUGGACACUUUCAUGGUCAUCAUCAUGGUUUAAAGCCCGCACAAGGAGCUGUAGAUCAACAAUUGUUGCGGAACCGUGUGAUCGCCAUGGUGUUAGAAUUGGGGAUUGUAGUUCACUCAGUGGUGAUAGGGCUAUCACUAGGAGCUUCAAACAAUACUUGCACCAUUAAAGGCCUAGUGGCAGCCCUUUGCUUCCAUCAAAUGUUUGAAGGGAUGGGUCUUGGAGGUUGCAUUCUUCAGGCCGAGUACAAAGCUAUGAAGAAGUUUACCAUGGCGUUCUUCUUCUCCGUAACGACCCCAUUCGGAACAGCACUGGGAAUUGCUUUAUCCAAUACAUACAAAGACAACAGCCCAACAGCCUUGAUCACAGAAGGGUUGCUAAAUGCAUCGUCGGCCGGGCUUUUGAUUUACAUGGCUUUAGUUGAUCUUCUUUCAGCAGAGUUCAUGGGACAAAAGUUGCAGGGUAGUAUUAAGCUCCAAAUAAAGUGCUAUGCUGCAGUUCUUCUGGGUGCUGGUUUUAUGUCCCUCAUGGCCAAAUGGGCUUGAUCAUUUUCAAAACUAUACGGCGAGUGAAUUUGAUGUAAUAAUAUUGGGAGACAAAAAGAAAAACAAGUGCAAAAUAAUUAUCUAUGUUGACCAUAUGUUUUGCUGAAAACAUGUUUUUGUAUGUUGAUCUUUACAUUGAUACAGUCACCAAUCCAAUAGAAAUCAUCAGUUUUUCAGUA